GAUAUAACUCAUAAACACUGAUCACGGCUGUUGUAUUCAGUAUAUGUUGCCACUGUUUUAUAAGUACCACAAGGUGUCGCCUCCGGACCUGAAGAAACAGGAAGUGUGUUCGCUACUUCCGGGCAGAGAAGAAGAUAGCUACAGGUGCCGAUGUCAGUUAGCUCCCAGGAAAAAUAUUGUAUGUUGAAAUUGUGGAAUUGGAUAAAAGUGCAAACUCGACAUCUUGUGUCAGUGGUUCUUAUUGCCCAAGUUACCACAUAUUUUUGGCGACGAGGUGAACUGGAGACAGCGGUGGAGUGGAACGACACAACGAUCUGUGGGGAGCAUGGCGACGUUUGGGGCAGUCGGUGAAUAUGUGGAGGGAGACGAGGAUUGGACUGAGUACGAGGAAAGGUUGGGACACUUUUUCGAUGCUAACGGAAUAACUGAGGAGGCUAGGAAGCGCUCCAUUCUCCUGAGCGUGUGUGGAGCAAAGACUUAUAAGCUGAUAAGAAACUUAGCUACGCCACAGAAGCCAGGUGAAAUUCCAUAUGCAAACUUGGUAAAACUCGUAAGAGACCACCACAACCCGAAACCAUCGGUAAUUGUCCAGCGUUUCAAGUUCCACAGUCACUUCAGAAAGGCAGGUAAAUCAGUAGCUAACUUCGUAGCAGAGCUUCGACAGCUAUCAGCGCACUGUGAAUUUGGAGCAGUGUUAGACGACAUGCUGCGUGAUCGACUUGUAUGCGGCAUUAAUGAUGAUGCAAUUCAGCGUCGCUUGCUGAGUGAGACAUCACCAAUAUUAACUUUUAAAAAGGCACUAGAGAUUUCCCAGGGCAUGGAAAUGGCUGCUAGCAAUGCCAGAGACAUACAAAAAGGGCAGACUGGAGCACCGGUAGCAGUGCAAUAUGUAAAGAAAGACGGUCCAAAAUAUGGCAGGCCAGUUGAAUGUUUUCGGUGUGGUGGAGCUCACUAUGCAAACGAAUGCAAAUUCAAGGAUGCAGUCUGCCAUGGCUGUAAGAAAAAAGGACAUUUAGAAAAGAAGUGCAGAGGUGCUAAAAAUAAAAAUAACCCUGAAAAGGUGAAGGCAAAGCAAAAUCAGGCUGCCACUCAUUACGUAGAGGAGGAAAAUGAAGAGGCUUUGUGUUCUAUUGACAUGUUUGCAGUGGAAACUGAGGAGGUACCGCCUAUGCCAUAUUAUGCCACAGUCACUGUUCAAGGAAAAGAGAUCAAGUUUGAGAUUGAUUCAGGAGCAACAGUGUCGGUCAUCAGCGAGGAGACCUACAGGAGAACAUGGAGGACCAAGCCACCGCCACUGAUUCCCUCAAAGCUCAAGCUACGGACGUACACUGGCCAGCCCAUACCUCACCUAGGAGUGCUGAAGGUGAGCAUUGCAGUGAGUGAUCAGAGGGCUGAGGGGAGACUAGUGGUAGCCCAGGGUAGUGGCCCCAGUCUUUUGGGCCGGGACUGGCUCAGAAAAAUUAAGAUAAACUGGCAUGAGGUGAAGUACAUGCGCACAACAGAGGACAUUUUACAGCAGUACAGUGAGGUGUUCAGAGAUGAGCUAGGCACGUGCAAGGGGAUGACAGUUAAACUGCACAUUGACCCCAAUGCCACGCCACGUUUCUAUAAGCCCAGAGUGGUACCCUAUGCCAUGAAACAGAAAGUGGAGGAGGAGCUGGAGCGCUUACAGGCGCUGGGCGUCAUUGAGCCAGUCCAGUUCUCCAGGUGGGCAGCUCCCAUUGUCCCUGUUAUGAAACCAGACAAGACAGUGCGCAUAUGUGGGGACUAUAAACUCACCGUGAACCAGGUCUCAAAGCUGGAGGAGUAUCCGUUGCCACGGGUGGAUGACCUGUUUGCAACACUAGCAGGGGGAAAGUCAUUUACAAAAUUGGACAUGAGCCACGCUUAUCAGCAGCUGUUGUUAGAUGAGGAGUCCAAAGAGUUUGUCACCAUUAACACACACAAAGGAUUGUUUAAGUACAACCGCCUAGUGUUUGGAGUGGCGUCCAGCCCUGCCAUUUUUCAAAGGACAAUGGACAGUCUGUUGCAAGGCAUCCCACACGUAACAUGCUACCUGGACGAUCUGCUCAUAACAGGUGUUACAGAAGCUGAGCAUCUCCGGAAUCUGGAGCAGGUGCUUCAGAGGCUCUCAGAGGCCGGGCUGAGAUUGAAAAGGGAGAAAUGUGUGUUCAUGGUCCCGAGUGUUACUUACCUGGGACAUAGGAUAACAGCUGAGGGCAUCUGCCCAGUGGAAGACAAAGUGAGAGCUGUUAAAGAAGCACCGAGUCCCAAGAAUGUCACUGAACUCAGAUCAUUUCUGGGGAUGGUGAAUUACUACGGCAAAUUCCUGCAGGACCUCUCAAAGGUCUUGGCUCCGCUGUACAAACUACUGCACAAUGACACAAAGUGGCAGUGGUGUGAUGAACAAGAGAAAGCUUUCAAUAAGGUGAAAGAACUGCUCCAUUCGGCAAAACUGCUGGUGCAUUUUGAUCCAGACAAAGAGGUGACCCUCUCAUGUGAUGCCUCGCCGUACGGGGUAGGGGCAGUGCUGUCCCACGUUAUGGGAGAUGGCUCCGAGAAGCCUAUUGGCUAUGCUUCACGCACGUUGACAGCGGCAGAAAAGGGGUACUCGCAGUUAGAAAAGGAAGGUCUGGCAGUCGUAUUUGCAGUUAAGCGCUUUCAUCAGUACCUCUAUGGCCGUCCUUUCACAAUCCAUACAGACCAUAAGCCACUGAUGAGUCUGUUUGGUGAGACGCGUUGCAUCCCACCCCUCGCCUCCGCCCGAAUCCAACGUUGGGCACUAAAGUUGUCAGCCUACCAAUACACCAUAGUGUACAGGGCAGGAAAGGACAAUGCGAAUGCGGACGCUCUCAGUCGCCUGCCAUUGCCCGAGACACCAGUCACGACUUGCGUGCCUCCAGAGACUAUUUUUUUAUUAGAGAAGUUGUCGGAAACACCAGUGACUGCAGUGCAGAUCAAGCAGUGGACCGAGCGAGACCCUGUAAUGGCCAAGGUAAAAACUUACCUGCUACAAGGCUGGCCCGUAGUGGUAGAAAGUGAGGAGUUGAGGCCUUAUGUAAAAAGGAAAAAUGAACUGAGCUUACAAGAUGGUUGCAUUUUCUGGGGGACAAGGGUGGUCGUACCUCCCCCAGGCCGCUCACAGAUCAUGGAGGAAGUGCACGAGGCACAUCCAGGGGUGUCUAGGAUGAAAAGUCUGGCAAGAUCCUAUGUCUGGUGGCCAAGAAUGGAUUUAGACCUGGAAAACAAGGUAAAAUCAUGCAUACAAUGCCAAGCCAAUCAGAAAAUGUCGCCACCAGCUCCAUUGCAUCCAUGGGAGUGGCCAGACCGUCCCUGGUCUAGAUUACAUCUGGACUUUGCUGGGCCCUUCAUGGGGCAGAUGUUUCUUGUAAUGGUGGAUGCCCACUCUAAGUGGAUAGAAGGUCACAUCAUGGGCAACAUAACAGCUCCUUCAACCAUUGAGAAACUCAGACAAGUGUUUGCAGUUCAUGGUCUACCUGACACCCUUGUCACGGACAAUGGUCCAACCUUCACAAGCGAGCUGUUUAGUGACUUCAUGGGACAGAAUGGAAUCCGUCACAUUCGUACAGCGCCAUUCCAUCCCGCAUCGAAUGGGCUGGCAGAACGUGCUGUCCAAACAGUGAAGGAAGGUUUGAAGCGCAUGACAGGAGAUUCUCUGAGUACAAGACUGUCACGUUUUCUAUUCAAGUACCGUCUCACACCUCAGACCACUACUGCACGUACUCCAGCAGAGAUGUUGAUGGGUCGUAGGCCUAAGUCAAGGCUAGAUCUGCUCCGCCCUGACUUAAAAGUAAAAGUAGCGAGAAAGCAAGAAAAGCAGAAGGAGAGCCACGAUCUUCAUGCGAGAGAGAGGCUGCUGAAACCAGGUGACAAGGUCUACGUGAGGAAUUUCUGCAGUAACUCCAAGCAGCAAUGGCUUCCCGGGGUUAUAAUGACACAAAAUGGCCCCGUCUCUUAUGUCAUCAAGCUGUCAGAUGGACGAGAGUUCCGCAGGCAUCAGGACCACGUACGUUUGCGUCAUGAUGAGAGCCCAGAGACGGUCAGCACGGCAGAGUUGCCACUGGUGACCAGCACUGAAGAGUUGCCACUGGUGACCACUGGAGGAGCAUCUCUGGCAGAGAAAUCGCCACCGAAGGUGUCUGUACAACCGGCAGAAGAUCGACAAUCACACACCGACACACAGACACCAACGACGCCUGUGACCGCAGCACAGGGGGCUCCCAAAGCUACAACUCCUGGGGUGACGGCUGUUUCACAGGAGCCAGUGCGCAGAUCACAGCGUGCUCGCAAGCCUCCUGAGAGACUGAACUUUUGAGUUUUUAGUGUCACUGUUUUUCGUGAAACUGCGGGUUGUUAUGUGUAUACUAAAAUUGUGUGUGUUUACUGAGUGCAGGUCCUGAGAUGUCCAGAAGCUGUGUUGGAAGUGGAGGAAUCUGUCCUAAUCAUAAAGAACCAUCUUAUGUGAACAAAUGUGUUUAAAUUGCAGGUGGUGUUGUUCAGUAGUUAUGGAACAUAUGUAUCCCCAGAAAUACACUGAGAAAAGCUGUAAAAGAGAAAUUGAAUGUUUAUCAAGGAAACUUAGGAAUUUCUGAACUUAGUGGGGGAGGAGUGUUGUAUUCAGUAUAUGUUGCCACUGUUUUAUAAGUACCACAAGGUGUCGCCUCCGGACCUGAAGAAACAGGAAGUGUGUUCGCUACUUCCAGGCAGAGAAGAAGAUAGCUGCAGGUGCCGGUGUCAGUUAGCUCCCAGGAAAAAUAUUGUAUGUUGGAAUUUUGGAAUUGGAUAAAAGUGCAAACUCGACAUCUUGUGUCAGUGGUUCUUAUUGCCCAAGUUACCACAAUUGCAAAGGCUACUUUCAUUUAAUUAUAUAAAUAGUCUGGUAGAGAAGGGAUAUAGAAUUAUGUUGGACUGUAGUGGGAGUCAAGGGAAUCAGCUGGUUAUAUUUCCACCUACCUCUAUUGGGCCCUACUUUUUCUGGAAGAUUUUCCCCUCCCCUUCCAACAAGGACAUGGGCUUAAGGAGAGUAGCUCACAAUUAUCGAAAGGACUAUUUUUGUGUUAUACUUGAUAGUUUUGUGUGUGUGUGUGUGUGUGUGUAUUAAGUGUCAACGGGAGAAAAGAUGAAGAUGGCAACAUAACCAACUCAAGGUGGUGUUUCUGAAUAUAAAUUGGUUAACCAAUCCAGUGUAAAGGGGGGAAAGUCAUUGCAGAGCUAAAAAUGGAAAAAUCAAGUGUAUUAUCUACAAGAAACUCAUCUUUCAAAUCAAGAGCAUAAACAUUUUUAAAAGUUGGACUUCUGCAGGCCAUUCAUCAGUGUGUUGGAGGAUUUAAGGAACGGACACCAGGAGUACUCCUUUUUUCGAUAACUCGUGGCCUAGUCCUAGUUCUUGGUGUUAUAUGAACAUUUCUAGUAACUUGUUUCCUUUGGUUUCAGGAUUUUGGAUUGUCACGAUUGGUUCAUUCACGGGGAGCACGCUGCACUGGAUUCACCAUUUUGAUUUCAGUGAUCACUGCGUGUCAGCAGCUCUCAAUUCACUGCUUGUAUCAUUUGUGGACUUUUGCAAAUAAACCAAACUUACCUUCUUCCUUC